UUCCGGGCAGUUUCGGACUUUCGACCGGUGGUGAUUGGUGCUGUGCCUAGAAUGCACCGUAUGAUACGUGUAUGUUAUGUCCGUAUCGCUCGCGCAGCGCUGUUGUAGCCGUUGUGGUGUUUAGCGGCAGCGAUUGCAUAUCUGCGAUGCACGUUCUUUAUUUUCAGUAAAUCUCGUUGGAAGCCUAGAGCUUCGUGCUGUGUGAUGUGCCGCAGUUUACUCUGAAAUUCGCCUUGCAACGUCUGUUCAAUCGUCGGAGCGAUGUCACCUCGGACUUUCAGCGUGUGUACGCCGCUAGCUUUCUCACUGAUAGUCAUUUUACUACUUAUCGACCCAGCGAACUCUUGGGGAGCGAAGAAAGUGAAACUUAAGGACGUUGAAGUGCUCACACUUCGGGACGGCCAGUACACAACAGGCCGCAGGUCAAGCCCUGUGCCUCAGCUAAAGUGCCUCGGCGGCAGUGCGGGUUGCCAAAACCCACCUGCUGUGGUUCAGUGUUACAACCGAGGGAGUGAUGGCUACAGCACUCAGUGGGAGUGCAAGGCUGACAUGAGCCAGUCUCAAAAGUUUGGAGCAGUUGAAGUGACAUGUGAAGGCUACGAUUAUGCCGAUGACGACUAUAUCUUGGCAGGAUCGUGUGGUUUAGAGUACCGCUUGGAGAGGACUGGAUAUGGUCCUGGCUCAUCGUGGGAACAUUCAGCCUACACCGGCAGCUCCAAGUCUGGUUCGACCUUCCAAACAAUCCUCUUCCUCGGCGUGGCUGCUUUUAUCAUAUUUGUCAUCUACAAGAGCUGCCUUGCUCCGGAGCAGCUAAACGACGCCCCUCCAGGCUAUGACGACGAUCCGCCGCCCGACUAUCCAGGCACACCCAGAAGAGGCUUUUUUGGCGGUGGCGGUGGGGGUGGUGGCAUGCCUCCACCUCCAGGCUUCAGACCCCCGUAUCAGACGGGUGCAGGCUGUGGCGCAGCUCCUGGCUCACCAGGUGGUGGCUUAGGAGGAGGUGGUUUCUGGACUGGGGCUGCCACAGGUGGCCUGCUGGGUUAUCUCAUGGGAAACAGAAAUAAUGCAGGCUACAGGACUGCGUAUGGCUACCCUAGAGAAGGCACAUUUGGCUCAUCUUCAUCAUUUGGUGGACCCUCGACGUCAAGUGGUACACAUUCGUCCAGUGGUUUCGGAGGCACGCGACGGAGGUAAUCAAAUCAGUGGCCAACCAAAAUCCUGCCGCACAUCAUCUCACCAUUGGAGUGACCCUAAAUCAUGUCAUCAAAAUAAAAUUAUGCUGCCUUUCUGUGUA